GUGUUGAUAAGACUUGUCAUAUUCAAUGAUUGGAAUUGGAUUGUUUUCUCCAGUUAUUUAAAAAAUACUGAAUUUACGUUCAUUAUUUUUGCAUUUCCCAAUAUUAUAAUAAAGAUUUAAUGUCGGAUAAAGUUCACAUACCAUUCGUUGUUCUUGUUCAUCUGCUACGUACAUUUUCAUAAGGAAAACCUCAACAGAAUGUUUCGACCGGCCGGUUUUUCCGAUUCAGAUGAAGAUUCGGAUUACGGUUAUGAUUUCUGUUACGGAAACUCAGAGAAUAAAAAGGAAUCCACAAGAUGGAACGAAUCUCCCCCGGUGAUGGUAGAAAACAACGAUGAUCUUCUAUACAAGGCCGUCAACGAAGGAAACUUGGAGGAAAUCAAGCGAGUGUUGGACAUCGAUCCCUAUCUGCUAACUUCUUGCCUCCGACAAGGUUGGCCGCUGCUACUGUUGGCUUGUAACGAGGCCCAGCACGAUGUGGUGAAAUACUUACUGGAGGUAAGGCGGCUCGACGUGAAUCAAGCGAACGGGUUGAGUACCCCUCUGAUGGCGGUAUGCAGCUCUAAUAGCAAUUCGGAUGCUGUAUUGCGGGUCGCUGAGCUGUUGUUGGAGUUCGGAGCUGUAAUAAACUGCAAAGAUGCGUAUGGAAUGACUCCUCUCAUGUUCGCCAUUAUAAAUGAUCAUACUGAAGUGGUUCGAUUGAUUCUGGACCAAACAUCUUUGGAAGCGACGGACAACGAAGGGCUUACAGCAUUGUUCCACGCCGUGAACAAUAAACGGAAAGAAAUCGUCGAGAUGCUUCUGAAGGCUGGUGCGUUGGUGGACAUCGUCAAUCGUAGAGGGUUUACUCCGAAACAAGAGGCCGAGUUUAGAGGAUAUAACGAAAUUGCCGAUUUAUUCCCAAGUGACCAGGAUUACUUCGAAAUUCCUAAUAAGUACCUAGGCUAUGCGCACUAUCGGGAUGUAACCCAAGGAGAGACGGAAAGCGUUUUGCCCGGCUAUCAACAGGAGAUUGGAUUGCUUCUGUACGGGAUGUACAGUGAACAACAUUUGACGACCUUUGCAAAGGAGAAUUUUGAUUUGCUUCGUUUUCUGACGUUGACCGAUGACGAGUUGAAAGAGCUGGAGUUUAAGUUGCCUUUCGAGCGGAAAAAGAUACUAUUCGGUUUGAUGAAAUUCCACCGCCAGGCCUGGAGUAAGAAAAGUAUGAAAAAGUUCCCACUGAGCCAUCGAUUUGACUCAUACGAUGUCCUUGAGAUGCUCGCUAAUCAUUUGAAACAACUAACCGUACUACAGGCCUCGCUGAUUCAUGUUGCCCAGAUGAUACCGGCCAAGGAAAUGAAGAACAAGUUUGCCUCAGAACUGGAUGACUGCUUACGGAAGGCGAAUCAGUUGCGACAAACGGUGGCCACUUUCAGUGAAGAGGUUGAACGAAUCAAUAGUUUAACUGCGUCGAAACCAGUAUUAUAUGUCGACAAAAACAGUUGCCAAACGGAACGAGUUUGUUGGUUUGCUCGUGCUCUCAAAAUAACUCUGCUCUCAGCAGUUGUUUCACUUGUCGUAUAUAGGAAGCUCAAAGCGUGAUCAUCGUUCCUACUGAGUUGAGUAUGGAAUUUAAAAUAUUUUAAGUAGACAUAGCUUUUAUCUCAUGUUAUGCGAGAAAUGCAGCAUUUGCAACUAUAGCUCGUGAUUUUUCCUCAUCUGAUUCAUGUUCAUUAAUACUUCCAAGUUUAAAAAAAAAUCUGGCUUGAAAAAAAUAAUGAAGGGUUAACGAUGGCUUAACGACAUCCGUAAAUUACGUAACGCUUAGAGGGGGGAGGCGGGUUUCCUGAAGUGUGGAUUUUUAGAUACCUCAUACAAAAAGUGUUACAUAGGGGGAGGGGAGAUUGAAAAUGGCCAUGCUUGCGUUACGUAAUUAAUGGAUCUUUCCUUUAAGGUUUAAAAAAGAGUUCUUAAAUGUUCCUCGACAUAAUAUAUGUCGCAUUGAAACAGUUAUCAUUGAAAAAAAAAAAUUACCCAUAUAUUUUUGGGAUCUAGACAAUACAUUACAAUAGUUUUGGUUA